UGGCUGUGAGCACAGGGGCUCCACAAUGGCCAUGGCCAGUGCAGGGGAUUCCAUCGAGAACUUGCAGCCAUAGCCUAUGCCUACAAGGGCGUCACGUGGACGACCAUUUUCAGGAAAGCCAUCGCUCCAGCGGACAGAGGUGUGGAGCACCAGCUCGCCACUCCACGUUCCGGAUCCCAAGCCCAACGGAUGGAUCAGCGGAGGUGACUCCCAGCCGAAGACGAAGGUCUAUUUGCCGGUUGUACAGCUGACGCGUAGCGGUCGGCCGGGGCAGCCUUUGGUCUCGAAGGGUCCCUUCGAACGCCUCUACCCCGACUGCACGGAGAAAUCGCGAUGUCAACAGCUCUUUAGGCGCUGGGAGUCCCUACCGGGGCUGCGCUCGCUGCGCUCGCCGUUGAAGCCGGAGGAGUUAGAUGCCUUGGCGGAGCAGGUGCGAUCCCUGAGCCCUUCUGAGCGCCGCUUGUCGCGUAGCGCAGGUACCUUGGCGCCCAGAGCAGAUGAAAGUCCCAAAAAGGAUUUCCCUUUCAUCCCGUGCUCCUGUUGUGAGCGUGAGUCUCCAAUCGCAAAGAUGAAGAGGGACGCCGGCAUCGCGGCCAGGGAUUCCUUCUGCUGUGAGGCGCCGUAAAAAUCUGAGCCGUAGACCUCGCGGUUAAGAGGUGCUGAAAAAAACACGUUUUAGCCUCGGAAGGGUAAGCUAGA